UAAUUUGGCGAUAAUAAAAGCAAGGCCGUGGCAACCCCGACGCUCCUCAGUCCUACUUCCCGUCGCUCGACCCAAAGCAAUGGCGCCCCCGCCGCCUCGCCGCCGCCAAAGCCUCUUCUUCUUCCUCCUCGCCGCCGCUUUACUGGCCGCGGCGGCGCAGGAGGAAAUGGAGGCUGACGUCUUGCUCGAAAUUAAGGCGGCCGUGCUCGAUCCCUCCUCCGUGCUCGACGCCUGGAACUCCUCCUCCGUCGACGGCCACUGCUCCUGGCCCGGCGUUUCCUGCGACUCUCUUCAGGGAUUCGUCGAGUCACUCGACCUCGGCGGACUCAAUCUCUCCGGCGUCCUCUCCCCGGCCGUCGGACGCCUCCGCCACCUGCUCAAUCUCUCCGCUGCCGCCAAUUCACUCUACGGCCCCGUCCCUUCCGAGCUCUCUCGCCUCGCGAACCUCCGCCACCUCAAUCUCUCCAAUAACGUCUUCAAUGGAACCUUCCCCUCCUCCCUUUCCCGCCUCAAGAACCUCGUCGUACUCGACCUCUACAACAAUAACCUCACCGGCCCCCUCCCGACGGAGCUCUCCGAGAUCCCCAACCUCCGCCACCUCCACCUUGGGGGAAACUUCUUCACCGGCAUCAUCCCCUCAGAGUUUGGUCGUUGGGAGUUUCUCGAGUACCUAGCUGUCUCUGGCAACGAACUCGUCGGCUCCCUGCCCCCCGAACUCGGUAAUCUCACCCGUCUACGACAGCUCUAUGUUGGUUACUUCAACAGCUUCGAGGGCGGCAUCCCGCCGGAGAUCGGCGGCCUUUCGUCGCUCGUCCGUCUCGACAUGGCCAACUGCGGCCUGACAGGGGAGAUCCCUCCCGAGCUCGACAAACUCCAGAACCUCGACACGCUGUUCCUCCAGGUGAACGGACUCUCCGGCAAUCUUCCCAUGGAGCUUGGCCGCCUGAGCCACCUCAAGUCGCUGGAUCUCUCCAACAACGCCCUCUCCGGCGAGAUCCCGUCUUCCUUCGCCGAGCUCCGCAACCUGACCCUGCUCAAUCUGUUCCGCAACAAGCUCCACGGGUCGAUCCCGGACUUCCUCGGCGACCUGCCGGCUCUGGAGGUGCUCCAAGUAUGGGAUAACAACUUCACCGGCAAUAUUCCCGAGCGACUAGGCCAGAGUGGGCGUCUGGAGAUACUCGAUAUCUCAUCGAACAAGCUCACCGGAACGCUUCCGGCGGACCUCUGUUCCCAGAACCGGCUGCAUACCCUAAUCACCCUCGGCAACUUCCUCUUCGGCCCCAUUCCGGCGACUCUCGGCGCGUGCAAGUCACUAGCCAGGAUCCGAAUGGGGGAGAACUACCUCAACGGAUCGAUCCCCGAUGCUCUCUUCAGCUUGCCGAAGCUCUCACAGAUCGAGCUCCAGGACAAUAUCCUCACCGGCGGGUUCCCGGAUACCGGCGCCGUAACCAUGUCGCCGGACCUUGGUCAGAUUAACCUGUCCAAUAACCGGCUCUCAGGGCCUCUUCCGCCGACCAUCGGCAACUACUCCGGCCUCCAGAAGCUUCUUUUGAACCAGAACCAGUUCUCUGGCCGCAUUCCGCCGGAGAUUGGGCGGUUGCAGGAACUCUCCAAGCUGGACUUCAGCGGGAACCGCUUCUCCGGGCCAAUGGCACCGGAGAUAAGCCACUGCAAGCUGUUGACUUUCGUCGACCUCAGCCGCAACAGGCUCUCCGGGAAGAUCCCACCAGAGAUUGCCGGAAUGCGGAUCUUGAACUAUCUCAAUCUAUCUAGGAACCAGCUCGAGGGGAGUAUUCCUGAAUCGAUCGGCACCAUGCAGAGCCUCACGGCUGUCGAUUUCUCUUACAACGACCUAUCCGGACUCAUCCCUGCUGCCGGGCAGUUCAGUUACUUCAAUGCGAGUUCCUUUGUCGGCAAUCCUGAUCUCUGCGGUCCUUACCUCGGCUCCUGUGGCUCCGCCAUCAACGACGGGAACUCCACUCAUCCGAGGGGGCCGCUCUCGGCCUCUUUCAAGCUGCUUCUGGUUAUCGCUCUCCUCGUUUGUUCCAUCCUCUUCUCCAUCGCCGCCAUCAUCAAGGCCUGGUCGCUAAAGAAGGCGAGCCAAGCCAGGAUGUGGCGGCUCACGGCUUUCCAGCGCCUCGACUUCACCUGCGACGACGUCCUCGACUGCCUCAAGGAGGAUAACAUCAUUGGCAAAGGCGGCGCCGGCAUCGUGUUCAAGGGCGUAAUGCCCAACGGUGAGCAGGUGGCGGUGAAGCGGCUCCUGGCGAUGACCCGCGGGUCGCCGCACGACCACGGAUUCUCGGCGGAGAUUCAAACGCUCGGCCGCAUCCGGCACCGGCAUAUCGUGAAGCUCCUCGGCUUCUGCUCCAAUCACGAGACCAAUCUGCUGGUCUACGAGUACAUGCCCAACGGGAGCCUCGGCGAGGUUCUCCACGGGACGAAGGGCGGCCACCUCCUCUGGGACACGCGCUACAAGAUCGCCGUCGAUGCUGCCAAAGGGCUCUGCUAUCUCCACCACGACUGCUCGCCGCUCAUCCUCCACCGCGACGUCAAGUCCAACAACAUCCUCCUCGACUCCAACUUCGAAGCCCACGUCGCUGAUUUCGGCCUCGCCAAGUUCUUGCAAGACUCCGGCACCUCGGAGUGCAUGUCGGCCAUCGCCGGCUCCUACGGCUACAUCGCUCCGGAGUACGCAUACACGCUGAAGGUGGACGAGAAGAGCGACGUGUACAGCUUCGGAGUGGUGCUCCUGGAGCUGGUGACCGGCCGGAAGCCGGUGGGGGAGUUCGGCGACGGCGUCGACCUCGUGCAGUGGGUCCGGAAGAUGACGGGCUCCGACAAGGGGGGAGCGCUAAAGGUCAUCGACCCCCGGCUCCACACGGUUCCUCUGCACGAGAUCAUGCACGUGUUCUACGUCGCCAUGCUUUGCGUGGAAGAGCAGAGCGUGGAGCGGCCGACGAUGAGGGACGUGGUUCAAAUCCUUAUGGACCUACCCCCACCACCGCCACCUCCGGCGAUCAUGGAGGCGAAGCAAGCGGCGCCAGAAGAAGCACGAAGCUUGCCGCCGCCGCCGGAUCUCCUCAGCAUCUGAAUGUUGAGUGAAUUUUUGCUGAACCGUAAAAUGGAACUCGCAUUUCCUAGAGAUUGCUACAAAUGAGGGAGCAGGAGAAUUGUCAUCGAGUGGAUGUCUUUUUCCUUCCUGCGUCGCAUCAUGAAUCUUGUUCUUGUUCCCUGCCAAGGACAAGUAGCACAAACAUUCCAUGUAAUUUUUCUUUUCUUUAAUUCUUUCUGCUGUUCAUGAUUUGUCCACAAUCACUGUGCAAGAACGGAGAGAGAGACGAUUGAGCCA